AUGCUAGGAGACCUGUCCGAAAGGAUGAACCGGAUGGAGGUCUCCCAGAGAGAGCAAGGCGGCAAGAACUGGCAGGGCUCACCCGAGUCGAGUAUCGCCAGUCGGCAACAGGAGGUCGGGGCAGGGAUUGGUCUUUAG